AUGCCAUCGUCGCCUGCCACUCCGCAUCGCCCCUCCAAUCGUGGAGGAAGCGCCAAAACAUCCCCCACUAAACCAAAGCCUCUAGAUAUCGGCGUGCCACUGGGCAUCUACGACACUAAUUCGGUGCGAGCAAAGGUCCGGAAAUGGCAGCAGCAGGGAGGCGGGGUUAUCACCGCGACCGAUGUUGUCUACUACGAGGACGAGGGGGAGAACUCGACAACCGAGACGAAACCAACAACCCCCAAACCCACUCAGAGAAAGCGCAGCAACAGCACUCCCCGAAAGCGACUUGUCAGCGAUGAGCAUUGGAAGCUGAACCGAUCGUCCACCCAAACCGCCGCCGCCAAACUGCCUCCGCCCAAACGUCUUUCCCAGUAUACGAUCAAUGAACAGGCAUCAUCUCCGAGGUUGGGUCGGAAGGAAGGUCGCAAAGAUGAGGAGGCAGGCGCGAAACCAUCGUCGCGGAGCCGGGACAGAGACAGAGCUGAUUCGACCGUCAGGGAGCGCAGAAAAUCCAGGGUUUCGCGGGACGUGGACUCGGCGAAUGAGAGCAAGGCUGAAGAAGACGAGGUGAAGCAGAAAGGGUCCUCAAAGUCUACUUCAAGACCAGGAACGGCCGACCGUCCGCAUACGGGUGAAUUACUUGAGCCGUUCGAGAGUCCGGGAAAGAGAGAUGAUGUGCCCGAGAUCGAUACCGAUUGGGCAGCAAGUGAAGCCGAUUUUACAGAACUAUCCAGGAGACGCGCCCGGGGUCCGAACCCGGCACCUAAGGCUCGCGGGUCAGUGAAACCUCCCAAAGGAGGCAUUUUCGGACAAAUGCUCGACGAGUCGCGGAAAAUGUUUGCCAGACCGGAACCUCCGAAGGCUGCCCCCGCCAGAGGAUCCAAGAUUGAAGCAUGGCUUUCUGCAACUUCGGACCCGUUCUUGGAAGAUAUGGACCCUGAUGUGGAAGUACCCGCGCCUCUGAAGACGAAAGCCAACCGGGCAAAGCAGGGCCAUCAGCAGGAGGGCAAGCACGAGCGUAGGGCGAAAUCUGAAGCAUCUCCCGAAAGUGACAGUCGUCGGAAAAGCGUGACAAGACGACAUGCGCGCAGCAGAGCAGGGUCAUCUGCCAGCGAGCGCAAGAGGUCCUUUGAAGAAAAGGGUUCCUUGAAACAAUCCAAAAGGGACCGAUCGUCACACUCUCACAGAAGAAAGUCCAGUGAACAUAGGCACAGCAGAUCAUCAUCUGGCGCAAAGGAGGCGGUUAUCCUUGAGAAGUCGACAGGUGUGGAAGCAGAAGGCCUGGACACAGACAGCCAUCUCCUCUCGGAGGGCUCAGAGGUCUCGGGAAAUAAUGCGCCUGUUCCGCUGGUUCGCAAACGGCCCAUUCCUAGCACUGGACUUCAUCGCCUGUCGACCAUUGCUUCCAUUGACACACUGAGCACGGGUGACGGUGGACAAUCGCAGGUAUAUGCACCUAGCUCUCUUCCCGAUGCGCUUGAGUCGGCUCCGGGCCAAGAUAGAAAUGAUGCGGAAGAGAGAGAUAAGUUCGAUCCCGACUCGCUACCUGCGGUUUCUUCCCAACUAAAGAGGCGAUUGACCACCCAUGAUGAUCUCAUCUCUGUUCUCUCUGUACCGAAUACUCGCACUCGGAGCUUACGAUCCGCCCGAAGUUUGCGGACAAACAAAAGCCGUGCUACGAAUGCCACUGUUGCCGAUCUACUCAAGGAGCUAACAGCUGAUGAAAUCAAGUACAUGCGCGAACUCAAAACCCUAGUGGGCGGUGUCAUUCCUGUGUUGCUGACGUGCGUCCUCUCGAGGUCCGACUCUGCCAUUGCCGCUGGUCUCUUUCGACCAUCAACCGACCCUAAAGACGAGCUGAACUUCACUAAACCCAUCGUUGAUAUGGGUGUCGCUAUUGAGCGCUUGAAGACUUUACACAAGCGAAUCCCUCAGGAUAACUCAGACUCUCUACUUACUUGGGCACAAGGAGCCCAGCGAGUCUACCGUGAAUAUCUUCGCGCAUGGCGACUGGGAUUCAGAGACGUCAUUGUCAAUCUGGCUCCCCUUGAAGAGGGAGAAGCCGCUCAAAAUGCCGACACCAAGAGUUUGGAUGAGGGCAUGGCUAGAGAUGAAAACGGUGAUGUGGUAAAUAGCGACGGUGAGAAGGUGGAUGUGGCUUAUUUGCUCAAACGACCCCUGGUGCGACUUAAGUAUCUCGCAAAGACCUUCAAAGGAAUCAAUAUGCUAGCGCCUUCUCCCAAAGCCGAAGAAGUGGUUGCGGUCUAUCAGAGCCUGGUCACCGAGGCUCGCCGCCGCGCACGAGAGGAACGAGCAAGACUGGAAGAUGAAUCCGCCGCCAGUGUCGACGCAACUCGAGCCCGUGACCCCGCAACUCUAGGAGCUCUCACAGAUGUGACUGUAAACAGGAGCCGACGAGUCCGAGCUCGAGAUUUUUUCAAUCUCUCUUUGUACCACUCUACUGGUCAAAUUAUCGACUGUCGAGCAGAGCUUCUUCUUAGAGACAAUGGCCCCGAUAACGGCGCUGGCGGCGACCUGUUGAUUUGUGAGAUUGACCAUGCCGAUCGGUGGUUACUGUUUCCUCCCGUGGAUCUUGCGUGCGUUUCUGCGCGCAGUGGAGAAACCAAAGGGGAACUUGUAGUCAUGUUGCGCAGCCCAUCGGGACAACCAAGAACGUGGCAAGAGCUGCUGUGCCUUCGGAUUGAAGAGGAGGACAUUGCGUUUGAAUGGAUUCAGCUGCUGGGGCAGUACCCCAAGCCCCCGGCUAUCUGUCGGACUCAAAGCUUCAUUGAACGGGCGAAGCAGCGACAACGGGCGCAGACGGCUCGCUCUAAUGACACACCACCACUCGAGAAGGUACCGUUGAGCCCUACGAAUGUCGAUAUACCAAUCGGGGAGAAGAUCGCGUCUCGGACUCAACGUCGCUCUCUGACCCCGAAGGGCUCCUUGUCGGAUCCCAGCACGAUUUUUGAAACCGCCUCCGCCACCGAGUCACGAACCUCUCUCUCCGUGGUCACGCGCGAUUCGGAUCACGCUCCAUCACCGCAGCCUCAACUGUCAAUCCUUCAUUCUCGAGACCCACGCAAGACCCCGCUUCUGGAUGAGAGAACUUCAGCGGGUCUUAAGCGCUCGAAAGCCAAGAGGGUCAAUCGAAAUGGAGAAAGCUCGCCUUUGAGCCCGCAGAAAGAGACGCAGUUAGACAGCGAUCUCAAUACGGCCCCAGCGACGCCCGGUCGGAGUCACGACGACAACCAGAAAAGCUCUGGUCCCAUUUCAGGGAUUGCUCGAGAGAAGAAGCCUUACAGCGUUCAGCAAACCCCCAAAACACCCACCAGGGAUGCGCCUGACUGGGAGUCUCCACGAGUAUCAUCAGUCCCUUCAAUGGAUCUGCCCAGCAUACCUAAAAUUAGAAAAGGCAGUAGUCAGAGUUAUAUAACUGAGUCGUUGUUAUCGGCUUCGGACGACGAGGAUUACGCUCCUCUGGAGUCGUACAGCCUGCCAGGGAGCCCGACGAAGAGCAGGGAUCACUCUCGUUCAAAUUCCGAUUCGAGCCAAACGAACGACGAUGAGCCUCCACCACCUCCCCCUCCACAUAGUCGCUCACCAAGCUCCACCACCGGAUCAAGUUUAUCGAAUACACCAAUUCUCAGUCCCACGAACCCGAGACAGAGGCGGCGCGGCUCAUCCCCAUUGAAGCAUGAGUACGAACCUUCGACAGCUUCGGAUACGUACUCUGACUCGGAUACAUCCACCGUGCGACGCUACGAAAUGUAUUCGGAUUCCGAUUACAGCGCGUCGGACACAUCGGACGACUCCGAUGACGAGCUCGCAUCAACAUUACUACCAGUCGAAGCGCCCAACCGUCCUAAAUCGACCUUGGCCGCAUCAUCCAGCAGUUCGUUGUCUCCAUCCAACUCUGCAUCCCAGGGUGGGUAUCGAUCCGUUCCCUCCCAACCCGCCAAGUCGUCCACUGCCAUAGCUUCGGUCUUCGUGUGGUCGGAUAAGGGUACAUGGGAGACCGUGCUUACAGACGAUUGCAAGAUUGUGGUUAGUCCCGGGCUUAUCGAAGCAUACGAGAGGGAUAUCUCCCUCAUGUCAUCUGAUGAAGAUGAGGGAACACAUGGCAAAAAGGGGAAAUUGCUGGUCGGUCUUGAACUUACACCACUGGUGCCUAUCCGGCGUGGCACAGCCAUCGACAUUAGUGUCCGGUCGCCUCCUACCGAGGGUUCGAAGAUCGAUUGGAGCAACAAUAUCAUGUUCCGGUCUCGAAACGCUGACGAGUGCGAGGCAUUGUAUAGCCUUAUCAACCAAGCACGCAUCAACAACCCAACCUAUAUUGCUCUACAGAACGCACGCGGUCCCUUUGCCGACCAACCCGCUCCCAUGGAUAGUUCAGCUAAGACUGGCGGAUGGUUUGGCUGGCCGCGGCGCAGGAAGAGCUACCGCGCGUCGAACAGCCCCCGGUCUCUCGCGGACCAUUCCGAAAGCAGCGUUGGCACCAUGAGCAGUGCAUUCUCAGCGUUGAAGAAGUUCGGUACCGGCAGCAAGAUGUUCAAUCUUUCCCGCUCGUCCAUCACCUCCCGCAGCGCAAAGGAGGACAGCCUCCAUUCCAGCUCCGUUGGUUCCGGCUCCCACCAUUCAUCCUCGGGCAUCGGCAGAAUCGCCGCCGCCAUCAAGGGCGCCGACGGUAUCGGUCUCUCUAACGCCAAGAUCCGCCUGUACGUCCGCGAGACCCAGUCGAAAUGGCGCGACAUGGGCGCCGCCAGACUCACCAUCAUGCCUGCGCCAUCCGCACCCCCGCGCCGCCCAGGCACUGCAGGCAGCAGACGCAGCGAUACCAGCAACCCCGCCGACGGCGACACAAGCCCCCGGACCUCCGGCUCUGUCUCGCCCCGACGGCCAGCCGAACCCGAGAAACGAAUCAUUGUUCGCGGCAAAACCCGCGGCGAAGUCCUCCUUGAUGUCUGCCUGGGCGAGAGCGCUUUCGAGCGCGUGGCACGCACCGGUAUCGCCGUGUCUGUGAUCGAAAACAAUGAAAACGGCGCUAUGCCCAAGCAGGGCGGCGUCACUGGCAAAUUGACCAAGAUCUACAUGAUCCAGAUGAAGAGCGAGGCCGAGGCGGCGUACACUUUCGGGCUUGUCGGGAAACUCAGAUACUAA